UCGAUGGCCAACCGCAGGAGGAGACUGCGGGCGCGAGGUCUUGCUGUCAGAAAAAGCGCCAAGUUAUAUGAAUCCUGGGUUGUAAAAUUGUUUUCAAAUGAAUUAAACGCCUCAUCAACAUGUAAUUUAAAAUGUGCUAUGCAUUGGAGUGGGUUGAGUAAAAGGCCGAGAGCAAUUGACCGCUUUACCCGCUGACUGAAAUGCCUGGGCUCCAGAGUGAUUGUAGCAUGGCAGCUACUGUCAGCCCUGUAAAGAAGAGCCGGCUGUCUCUUAAGUUCUUCCAGAACAAAGAGACGAAACGCGCUUUGAAUUUCUCUGAUACGCUAGAGGAAGACGAGAAGGUCGCAGAACCCGAAGGACCUGCAAUUGUGAAAAAUGACUGUGACCAGGUAGUACCAGUCCCACAUCACUCCUCCACUCUUGCUUGUGAGAGAAGAGAGAACCUUGUGCCUUUUGUUGGGUUGAACAAUUUAGGGAACACCUGCUAUCUGAACAGCAUUCUGCAGGUGCUGUACUACUGCCCUGGGUUCAAAGAUGGCAUUAAAAAGUUGUACAAUGUGCUGUCAAAAAUGAAAGAGAAGCUGAAGAACGAAGCUGUAAAAAAUGAAGAGCAGGAGGGUGCUGAGCCAGACCUGCCAGUGAACCUGGAGCUGCUGGGGAGUUUCCACAGCCUGAUGGUUUCCCUGGAGCAGCUUCAGUCCAGCUUCCUGCUCAGUCCCGAGAAGCACGACGACGGGGAGCUGGCCACUCCACCGCGCAGGCUGCUCAGCGUACUCCGGCAGCUGAACCCCAUGUAUGAGGGAUACUUACAGCAUGAUGCCCAAGAGGUGCUGCAGUGCAUUCUGGGAUACAUUCAGGAAGCUUGUGAGACCAUAAAAGAGGGGCACAAGAGUCCCGAUUCUGCAGAGCAGCCUCAGGAUCAGCCUCAGGUUUCUGCGGAUCAGCCAGAGGGAGCCGCGGGGCCAGAGACGACCGCUUCCGAGGCCACCAGCGGCACCGAGGAGAGUCUGCCAAAAGACCCAGAGCAAGAGGAGAACCCGGAGGGGCCGGCGAACGGGAAGAGGAAAAGCGACACGGAGGCAGGCAACGCCAAAAAGAAGACCAAAACCCUCAAGAGCAAGAAAGGCGCACGGGACGGCGGAUAUUUAACCCGGUCCAAGCGCAAGUCCUCCAGCGACAUCAUCAGCGCAGAGCCCCCCGGAGAGGACGCCCAGGAGGAAGAGGAGAAGGGCGACCCGGAGGGCAAGGGUGACGGCGCCCCCGAAGGGCCCAACAAGAAGAGGCGCUCCAGGCUGAGCUGGCUGAAGCCCUCCGGGAAGCAGCCCAGCAUCUUCUCCAAGUUCCGCAGCAUGGGCCGCAUCAGCGCCCACGCGGGGGGCAGAGGCGGGGCCAGCCCCGAAGACCAGAGCGGAGCGCCCCCCUCCUGCAAGGCCGAGGAGCCCGCGGCCCAGCCGCUCCAAAACACAACGGAGGAGAAGGGAAAGGCCGAGGAGGAAGACGCGGCCGGCUUCGACCUGAUGGAGCGCAUGUUCCAGGGCCAGCUGGUCCUGCGCACGCGCUGCCUGGAGUGCGAGCGCUACACCGAGCGGAGGGAGGACUUCCAGAACAUCAGCGUGCCCGUGCAGGAGGACGAGCCCCGCUCCCCCGACUGCGGCUCCGAGGUUUCUCCAGACCCCAAGUUGGAGCCGAAGACCCUGAAGUGGGCCAUUUCCCAGUUUGCAUCAGUGGAGAGGAUAGUGGGGCAGGACAAGUACUUCUGUGAGACCUGCCACCACUACACUGAGGCAGAGAGAAGCCUCUUGUUCGACAAAACCCCUGAAGUUGUGACCAUUCAUCUCAAGUGCUUUGCAGCAAGCAGCUCAGAGAUCGACCCAUACGCCGGCCUGUCCAAGGUGAACACCCCCCUGCAGACCCCCCUCACGCUGUCCCUGGAGGAGUGGGGCAUCAGGCCCUCCAAGGAGCGCUACGAGCUGUUCGCCGUGGUCAUGCACAGCGGGGUCACCAUCAGCAGCGGCCACUACACCGCCUUCAUCAAGAUGCUGGACCUGAAGGAGGCGCAGCCGCUGGGGGAGGACGCCAAGGAGGAGGCGCGGCCCCACGGCCCCCAGCAGCAGGAGUACGACGACGGAGAGGUCUCCUUCAGCCUGGGCCCCAAACCGCAAGCCGCCGCCACCGGAGGCAAAGCGGGCAGCAAGAAGGGCCUGCUGGGAGGCCAGAGGAGCGUCUCCUCCAGCUUCGAGCUGGGGACCAGCAAGCAGGCCAACCCGGACAAGGCCGCCGGCCCGGCAGCCAGCGCCGCUGGAGACCAGGGCGCGGCCCAAAAGAGCGGGAACCCCGGCGGCGACGCCGGCGAGGAGGGGCGCGCGGCGUCUGGAGAGACCGCCCCGAACCUGGCUCCGGGCAGCCUGCUGGACUACGAGGGGAAGUGGAUGCUCUUCGACGACUCCGAAGUCAGGCUCUUCCACGAGAGGGACUUUCUGAACGCCUGCUCCCCAGAGACUUGCACAACGUCCACCCCCUACCUGCUCUUCUACAAGAAGGUCUGCCGGGAGUAAAGCACGUCGUUCUGUCAGUGCUUUUGGAUCUUCUCUAGCGUGAGAGAUGGUGAUGUUUAUAGCCCCUGCAGCGCAUGAAAAACCUGUUGGCAGAUUUGUCCACUUGCACAUUUUGAGUAGUGUUGCAUUUAUGAUCUAUUUGGGCCCUUGUUUGUACAGCACUUUGGCACUUGCAGUUUAUAAGAUACUGUAAGGUGGCAAAUGAACUUGAAAUUCUAUAUCGAAUAUAUUUUCUCAUGUGUCUUUUUCCCGUUUAGAUUUCUACAAAUGCAAUAUAUUCUUGUAAGUCUGGUAUUUUAAGCUCCUUUUAGUUACUAUUUCAGGAUCGCAUUUUCAACAUUGACACAAUAAAUAACUACUGCUGUGAAUAAAUUUGUUUUAGAUUUUAACUGCUCAUUUUCAACUGCAAUUACAGUGUGUGCAGCUCAAUACUCAGUAUAGGGAUAACUGAACCAGAACAGAUGGUAGAUGGUGUUGUGUAGUGAAGGUAAUGUGGGGAAUGAAGCAAGUUUGUGUACUUGUACUUUUAAUUAUCUGAGUAAGAGUAGCCAUUUUACACAGGGAAAGCUUGAUUACAUUAAUCCUCUUAGCUCAGGUGAACGCAAUUUUUGUCUGCUUGAACAAUCAUCUGCUUCAGAUAAGGAUAAAUUAAUUUCAUUUGGAGGCAUUACUGGUUUGAUGCGGUGUCAUGAAAACCUACCCGAUUUUGUGAUCCAACAGUGUGUGAAAUGUAUUACAUUUUUUAAAUUCUUUAAAUUCCAGUAUGCUAGUUCUUACUGCUGCAGCAUAUGCUUCCCUUGCAUCUAAAUAUGACUGUCACUGCUGUGCCAUGCACUGCAAGUCGUUUAAACUGCAGCAUACACAAAUAAUCCCUCCUGAGGUACUGUUUAUAACACAGAAUCAACUUAACCGUUGAGGGUAGUCCAGAAGACUCGCUGGACCAGCCCUGAAUUCUGGACACGGUGACUGGACAUGUGCCUUCCAGAUGUGAUUAAAAUGGCUACUGUACGUCUGGUCUUAUAUAGCUCUGCCCUGCUUGUGUAGGUGAUUCUCUUCUCUCAUUAAACACCAGCAUACACAGGCAAUAUUUGGGGACCUCCAAUCAAAAUGCACUGAUACGGACAAUAAAAUAUUUAUUUAGUAAAAUAUUUAAAGUAAACAAAAACUACGUACACUGUUUUUGAGGACAUGUUUAAAACAUUUUCCUAAUUUAACAAAAUCAGUAACUAAAAAUGAUAAACCAUUACAUGAUAAAUAGUGUUACAUUUUUUGCUUGUUUUUCUUAUCGAUUAAAUAGUAAACUUUCAAGUUGUACCUUGUCUAGUAAAAUGCAUUCGGACACAGUUU